GCGGAGCUCAAGCCGUUCUACAGCACAGCAGAAAGUACGAGAAGAGAUUGCCAGGCGAUACAGUGAGCUUGGCCCGCUUAGCUUUCCCGAGGUGUGUGUCAUGUUCCUGAUGGUCGUGAUGAUCGUGCUAUGGGUCACCAUGGAACCACUGCUUCUUCCUGGAUGGGUGGAUCUUCUGCCGUUUGGAAAUGCCAUCAAGGCUUCCGCACCUGCCAUGCUGGUCACGCUACUGCUGUUCUGCAUACCACGGAAUCCGAGGCACCCGUGGAAGAGCUGGACCCAUCAUAACGUGGCGCGAGGCCAGUGACCGGGCCCAGUGGGGUGUCAUGAUCCUCAUCGGCGGCGGCAUGGCUGCUGGCGAAGCCUGUAUGCAAUCCGGCCUCUCGUCUCUUCUCGUCGAGCGUCUCAAGGGUCUCGAGGUGCUUCCCGAAGUGCUCACUGUACUCUUGCUCUGCUUUGCGGCUUCCAUGCUGACGGAGGUGACGAGCAACGCGGCCGUCAGCUCUAUCCUCCUCCCUGUCGUAUGCAGAACGGCAAUCGCGAGGGGCGUGCACCCGCUGUACUUCGCCAUUCCGGUGACCAUCGGCUGCUCUUUCUCCUUCAUGCUGCCUGCGGCCACUCCGCCUAACGCCAUUGUUUACGACCUCGGCAAUCUUCGUAUUCCCGACAUGGCGAAGCCGGGUCUCAUGAUGAACAUGCUGUGCUCCCUCGUCGAGACAGCCAUGAUACACGCCCUCGGUGUCUACGUCUUCGGGCUGCAGUCGUUUCCCGACUGGGCUAGGGAGAAGGAGUUCAUGACAGCAACUUCUUUGCUGAACGUCACCGACAUUCCCGUGGUGAAGUCUGCAUCAGCUGCACAGGGCUACACCGACGUGCUUUUCACCCUUGAAAAGCACGUGUAA